GACCGGGUGUAGCGGUGGGGUGGAGUUGUUAGAGGAGCGGUGUUUGAGAGGCCCACGAACUCAACGGAACGUUGGUCCUUUCUGUUGCAACGUCGGCUUUACGACACUCGUGCAACAUCAAUUUUUUUCAACUAGAAUUUUAUCCGAAAACAUCCAAAAAUGGUGAACUUCACUGUAGAUGAAAUUCGUGGCAUGAUGGACAAGAAACGGAAUAUCCGUAACAUGUCUGUCAUUGCUCAUGUAGAUCAUGGAAAGUCAACUUUAACUGAUUCUUUGGUAUCCAAAGCUGGUAUUAUUGCUAGUGCUAAAGCAGGUGACAUGCGUUUUACUGAUACUCGUAAAGAUGAACAAGAUCGUUGUAUUACUAUCAAGUCAACUGCCAUUUCAAUGUACUUUGAAUUAGGAGAAAAAGAUUUAGUUUUCAUUAAAAAUCCUGACCAACGUGAUCCAUCAGAAAAAGGAUUCUUAAUCAACUUAAUUGAUUCUCCUGGACACGUUGACUUUUCCAGUGAAGUUACUGCUGCUCUCCGAGUUACGGAUGGAGCAUUAGUUGUUGUUGAUUGUGUAUCUGGUGUAUGUGUACAAACUGAAACUGUAUUACGUCAAGCUAUUGCAGAAAGAAUUAAGCCCAUCUUAUUCAUGAACAAGAUGGACCGUGCACUUUUAGAACUGCAGUUGGAAUCUGAAGAUUUAUACCAAACUUUCCAACGUAUUGUUGAAAAUGUCAAUAUUAUCAUUGCUACUUAUUCUGAUGACAGUGGUCCCAUGGGUGAAGUACAGGUAGAUCCUAGCAAAGGAAGUGUUGGUUUUGGAUCUGGUUUACAUGGAUGGGCAUUUACAUUGAAACAGUUUGCUGAAAUGUAUGCUGAAAAAUUCAAAAUUGAUGUAGUGAAACUCAUGAACAGAUUGUGGGGUGAAAACUUCUUUAACCCAAAAACAAAGAAGUGGGCCAAACAAAAGGAUGAUGCUAACCAACGUUCAUUUUGUAUGUAUAUUUUGGAUCCAAUUUACAAAGUAUUCAACUCUAUUAUGAACUACAAAAAAGAAGAGGCUACGGAUCUUUUGAAAAAACUUGGAAUUGAAUUAAAACAUGAAGAUCAAGAUAAGGAUGGAAAAGCUUUAUUAAAGGUAGUUAUGCGUACUUGGUUACCAGCUGGAGAAGCUUUACUUCAAAUGAUAGCCAUUCACUUACCAUCUCCUGUUGUUGCUCAAAAAUAUCGUAUGGAAAUGUUGUAUGAAGGACCUCAUGAUGAUGAAGCAGCUCUUGGUGUUAAGAACUGUGAUCCUGAUGCACCACUCAUGAUGUACAUUUCUAAAAUGGUACCGACAUCUGACAAAGGACGUUUCUAUGCUUUUGGUCGUGUAUUUUCUGGCAAAGUAGCUACUGGUAUGAAAGCUCGUAUCAUGGGGCCUAAUUACACUCCAGGAAAGAAAGAAGAUCUAUAUGAGAAAGCUAUUCAAAGAACUAUUUUGAUGAUGGGUCGUUAUACUGAAGCUAUUGAAGAUGUUCCCAGUGGAAACAUUUGUGGAUUGGUUGGAGUUGAUCAGUUUUUGGUAAAAACUGGGACUAUCACUACCUUUAAAGAUGCUCACAACAUGAAAGUUAUGAAAUUCAGUGUAUCACCUGUAGUACGUGUUGCUGUUGAACCUAAAAAUCCUGCUGAUCUUCCAAAAUUGGUUGAAGGACUUAAGCGUUUGGCCAAAUCUGAUCCUAUGGUUCAGUGUAUUAUUGAAGAAUCUGGUGAACAUAUAGUUGCUGGUGCAGGAGAACUUCAUUUGGAAAUUUGUCUUAAAGAUUUAGAAGAAGAUCAUGCUUGCAUCCCUAUCAAAAAAUCUGAUCCUGUGGUUUCCUACCGAGAAACUGUCAGUGAAGAAUCUAAUAUUACAUGCUUAUCAAAAUCGCCUAAUAAACAUAACAGACUGUUCAUGAGAUGUCAACCAUUCCCUGAUGGUUUAGCUGAAGACAUAGAAGGCGGACAAGUUAACCCAAGAGAUGAAUUUAAAGCUCGUGCUAGAUACUUAGGUGAAAAAUACGAAUACGAUGUCACUGAAGCUCGUAAAAUUUGGGCUUUUGGACCUGAUGGAACUGGUCCCAAUUUGUUGAUAGAUUGCACCAAAGGAGUUCAGUAUUUGAAUGAAAUCAAAGAUUCAGUUGUUGCUGGUUUCCAAUGGGCAACUAAAGAAGGAGUUUUGGCUGAAGAAAACAUGCGUGGUGUCAGAUUCAAUAUUCAUGAUGUCACAUUGCACGCUGAUGCUAUUCACAGAGGAGGUGGUCAAAUCAUUCCAACAGCACGCCGUUGCAUGUAUGCUUGUAUUUUAUCUGCUUGCCCUAGGAUCAUGGAACCUGUAUAUCUUUGUGAAAUUCAGUGUCCUGAAGUUGCAGUUGGUGGAAUUUAUAGUGUUUUAAACAGACGUAGAGGACAUGUAUUUGAAGAAAGUCAAGUUGUUGGUACACCCAUGUUUGUUGUUAAAGCCUAUUUGCCUGUCAAUGAAUCUUUCGGAUUCACUGCCGAUUUACGUAGUAAUACUGGUGGACAAGCUUUCCCUCAAUGUGUGUUCGACCAUUGGCAAGUUUUCCCUGGUGACCCAUGUGAAGCUGGAUCUAAACCAUAUGUUGUUGUUAUGGAUACGCGUAAACGUAAGGGUCUCAAAGAAGGAUUACCAGACAUCAAUUCAUACUUGGACAAAAUGUAAACAUGAUGUUAACUCAACAAUUACUACAUUUUUUUUUUUUUUAUGAUUAUUUUAUUGUUACACACAAUAGUACCGAGAAUUUGAUGUAUUUAUUUAUUUCCGUUUAUAAAUAUUAUUUUUGGUCUUAAAUUUGAACAACACUUGUUAUGACUGUUAAAACAAAAUUUAUCUUUUGUAUGAAGAAAUCAGUAUGAUUGAUUUAUAUUUUCUCUUUCUAAAAUAUUCAAUAGUUAUGUAUGUUAUAAAUUUGAAUUAGUUAUCAUAUUUAAGUUAAUAUUAUCUUAACAACAACAUUGCUCCAUAACAUUCAUUGAGCUAAUAUUAUGUGCAACAUGAAAGAAUAAAGUCUGGUAUAAUGUGCGUGACACUAAUGUACCUAAUACAUUUGUCUAAAA